AUGUCGAAUUCACAAAAACAAGUAUUUCGAUGUACGAGAUGUACUAAAAGUUUUUCUAAUCAAAAAGCUUAUCACGAACAUUUACGUAGUCAUGUUCCAACUCAUAAAAUUAAUAAUGUAUCUAGUCAAACAAAUGCGAUUUCAACAGCAGAUGAUACAGCUCGAUAUAUUGCUGAACGUAGGAAAAAUUUUCCAACAGCAGAUAAUAUUAAUAAAAAAAUGAAAACAGAUGAAGAACGACAAGAACGUGGUGAUAUAUUAGAAACUCGACAAUUUGGACGAAUGAAAGAACGUAAAACAAUUCCAAAUAAAAAUAUUGAGACUGAAUCAACUACACCGAUCAUAACAACUACUAUGACUAAUCAUAAACAUAAGAAUGCAACAUUAUUGGAACGUCUUUUAGCACCUGAUAUUCGUCGUGAACGUAAUAUGGUACUUCAAUGUAUUCGUCAUAUUGUAAAUAACAAUUUCUUUGGAUUAGAUGAUCAUUCAAUUAUAUAA